AUGACAAGGGCUGAUGCCCUUGGGUUGAAGAAAUACAAAAGACUAGAGAAUGAACAACCAAUAACUAUUAAAAAAAGAAAAUUUGUAAGAAUACAGCAAAUGAAUAAUAGAACCUCUACUGCAAAGGGUGACAAUACCCAUUUGUCAACUUCAAAAGCUGAUAUGACAGAUUUUACCUUACAAGCUAAUAUAACUAAAGGACAUCCAACUCUUGACUCCAUCAAUGAUUUCAAUGGAAAUUGGGCAGAUGAAAUUAAUAAAAGUGUCAAUACACAGCAGAGUGCACCUCUAAACUCUACUAUGAAUAAUAAUGAAAACUCAGAAAAUUCUUUGGUUAAUACACAUACCUUAUGUACAGAAGCACAUGACUCUGACAUAAAUUCAGCAACUUAUUGUGCAGACUAUGAUGCAGGCACUUUAAAUCAGUUACCAAAA